UGACGUGUCAAGCAAGCAAGGAGAUUUCCCCGCCUGGUUUCUUUUAUAGGCGUUAAUGCGCAAGCGCGAACAUUUAUCGGGCAGAAUGGAUUGAGCUCAGCUAUAGAUUAAGUGAUUUUCUGUGAAGAAUUUGAAAUGGCAACUGGGAGUAAUAAUGCUCAUAUACUAAAUAAUUGCAAUCCAGCCUCAUGGUCUGAAGUCGACCAGUUACUUUUAGACCAAAUGACAGAACAGUCACGGGAUACUUCCUGCUUGAAUGCUGCAGAGUGGCCACUGCGGCGUUAUGGCCGAUUUAUGCCUGGAACUUUGGGCACUGCUUCAGGAUCUUGGAAGGUUUUGGAGUCAAACGAAGAAUCUGGCUUUCUUGUUCUCAGUAUAGUUGUUUCAGGCCAUUUCUUCAUUUCCAGAGGAAAAGAAGUACUGGAAGGAUUUUCAUUGAUUGGUGCUUCUCAGUGGUUAAAGGUAGUACGAAAAGCAGAUUGCAUGUUAGUUGGUUCAAAAUUAAAGAGCAAACAUCGUAUGUUUCGUAUACAAUUUACUGGAGACUCCAAAACCGAGGCAGAAGAGCAUUGCCAUAACUGCAUGCAGAAACUAGCUGAGUAUAUUCCAAUUCAAGUGACAGAUGCAAUAAGGCAGGAACUACACCAAAGCCACUCUCUGCUUCUCACUGAUGAAAGUCAACUGAAAGAAACAGAACAAAAUGUCCCAUUGCAAGAUACUGUUGUAAAUGUAUCUCCAACACAUGGAACAAUGUCUGUAUCAGAGCUAGCCCAGUGCGUGCUGAUACCAGAUAAUCAACUUCCUCUUGCAUAUCAAAAAUCCACAUGGAGUGCUGAAGAUUUAAGCAGCUUUAUUCACUUGUGCCUGUUGGAUCAACACUUCCCAGCAUUUGUGGAGGAAGUAGAGAAACAGCUAAAAAAAAUUAUAGAUGGCUAGAAAGCAAAAUAUUUAAAAUAAUUUUAAAAAAUCAACCAUAAAUUUACUGACAGUUUCUAUUUCUUACCUCUUUAAUUUGCCUUAAGAUUUGAAUAUGUGUUUAUCCUAUCCCUUAUAAGACAAAAAACAGUAUUAUGCUGUUUUCAGUUGUAACGUACAUUAGUGUCUAAGCUGCACCUAAUUAUUUUAUAUACAAAUUAAUAUAUUACAUUAAUAAUAAAUAUUAUUCAUUUGUUAUAUAUGAUUAAUCAUUCUGUCUGUGAUAUAUAUACAUAUACAUAUAUAUGUUACAUACAUACAUAUAUGUAUAUAUGAAUGUAUAUAUCUCCAAUAAUGUGCAACAGCUCAGCUCUUUAUAUUUUUGUAGUAACGAAUUCAAUUACUUCUACCAUUAUAAUGGCCUUAAAGUCCUUCAUGAAAUAUGUUUGGAAUUGUUCAACAUAAGAUUUACAUUAAAAAUACUUCCUCUGAAAAGAGGUGCAUUAUUUUUCCCAUUUGUAUUAGUUUGAUGAAUGUUUAAAACAUUCAUCAAAACAUAAUUUGAAUGUUUAAAAUGUGUUAAGUUAGAAACUGAAGUUCUUUUUAAAAUAAAAGUUAGCUUGAAACAUGUUAAACUAUUGAUCAUAUGAGAAAUAUAUUAAAACUCAAAGUAACAAAUCCAGUUUUGUCAGUUCCUCCUCUCUGAAAAUUCUAAUUCUUCCAUAGUCAAUUGAACUUAAUGAAACCUUAUGCUUCUUUGUUGUAAAUUAGAAUAAUGUAAUUCAGUUCAGUUGAAUGUCUUAUUUAGAGUCAUCACAGGAAAAAAAAUGAGUACAAAGGAUAGAACAAGAUGAAUAGCAGGUAGGAAAUGUUGCACGGGUUACAGAACCAGUACAGUAAAUGACAAAUUAAAUGCAUCCAGAAAUUGCUGCUUUACCUUAGCCCUGUUUUGGUGUAACAAAUGAUGGAAUCUUCCAAUUCAUGAGGAAUAGGCUUUCCCAAUUCUUAAUCAUUCUAGUGGUCUAAUUAAAGCUUUGAUCUUCAUGGUUAGAAUAUGAUUGUCUGUAGUGGUCAGCCAGCAUUGCAUGUGGUCACUUCUAUGUAAGCUGCAACACAUACAGUAGAGCAAGGCUUUUCAUUGCAGACAUUUACAUGGUAAACAAAUAUACAUCAUUUAUAUAUCUGACAGACAGUUGCUAACUGUUUAUAUUGGAUAGAACCUGCAGUAAAUGCUUUCUAGCUAAGAUGUUGUGUCGCUCAAUAGGACACAAUAAGUUCUUAUCAGUGGGAAAAAUAAAGUUCUCCUGGUUCUCAAUAUAAAAUGUGACAAAUAAUAGAGAAACAAAUCAUCAUACUUAAUUCCUCUUCCACAAUUCGCAUUGGACCUUCCCAUCUCAAAAUAAUGACAAAUGCAAUUUUUUUUGGCUUUGUAACAGUUUAAAAUUGCUACUAAAUUAAUGGGUCUUUGAAAUAUUCUGUUGUAUAGGCUUAGAACCAAAAUUGUAACAUAGAGCAAGAUAACACAAUCUUACAAAUGUAGUUAACUGAAAUUGACUUUAUACAUUAAUAAUAUUUUUAUAAAAUAAGAAAAUGUUUCAGAUACCUGAUACUACCUGAUAGCUGCAGAUUGUAUUUGUCUCCUCACUUGUAAUUGCAGCCAAGUCCCUCAUAUAAAAAUAGAGACUUCUGGAACAGAAAGCAUGGGUUUUAGACCCCUCGUUGUAGAAGUGCAGGUGAUUAAUAUUUCUCUAAGAUGACUGGAAAGACUUAGGGGCCAAGCUACACAGUUAUUCUAUGAAACACAUAUCUAUAACUGUGAUUUUCUUCAUUCUUAAGCAAGAUCAUCUUUUUACACAAGUUUGUUUUCUUUACAUUUUUUAAAAGCACAUUAUACAGGUAUACAUUUUCAGGGCAUAUUUUCACUGUCCCUUUAAGGGCAAUGUAAGGUUAAAUUAAGUCUAAAAAAACCUGUCAAAGACUGAAAUGGUUUGGCAAUAUUUUGAAAAGGUUACACUCUAGACUGCAGAUAUCAUAGCAUCUCAUUGGGUAGUUUUUUCUGUUGCUGUUCACACCUAUUCCUGUCAUUUCAAAUGUUUUCCACAUGGAUUGAAAAGUAUGAGUGACAAGAAUAAUUAUUCAAUUGACUAUUUUACGCCUUAUAUCAAUCCCUCCCCCAGGCAGCAGUUAUGGAGAAUAAAAUUUGUAUUGAAAUUUCCCAAGGAAAACUUGUGCUGUUUUUAAGGGGGAAAAAAGAUGA